GUCUUGAGAUUUCUUUCCUAUCGGUUCUUGUCUCUGUGAAUUGUUCUUUGUUUUUGUCUGCCCUCGGCUUCAUUUUUCUUCCAAGUUGGGUUCUUUUUGGAGAUUUCGAGGUCCCCAAUUGUUUUUUUUUUUUUUUUACCAAAUUCACUUUUUUUCUCCUCGUUAACAUUUGCUGCAGUCUCCGAUUUGGUUGAUUUUCUGCUGAGUUCGGGGUUUCAUCCUUAGGGUUUCGGUGAUUUGGAGCAGAAGUGAUGUGUUAGACCAAGAGAGAGAAUGAUCAUACCAAAGCAGUACCGUUGCAUUCACUCUCCGAGCUGCCAAUGCACGAGAGGCCAUAUAAGUGAAGAUGUCUUAUUGUUGGUUUUCCAGCACUUGAAUUGGAACCCUAAAAUAAUCUCAACCCUUUCCUGUGUGUGCAAAUGGUUUGAUGAUUUCGCAAAGCGGGUUCUCUGGAAGGAGUUUUGCAAAACCCGUGCCCCGAAAAUGAUGCUUGAUCUGCAAUCUAGCGGUAGCCACUGCAUCGACGGGAACUGGAGGGCACUCGGGAAACUUCUCAUUUACUGUUCAGGAUGCACACAAGGUGGUCUGUUUAACAGCAGUGUUCAAAUACCGGGUCACUUUGUUUAUAGAACCCGGUUCUCAAGAACAUUGGGGAGAAGCCUUCUCCCGCCUCAAUGUAGAACCGAUGUUCUCUACGUUUGUGAUCCGUGUGAGCAUCUUGACCAAGGAGAAGAGGGUGAUGUGGGAUUGUUCCGUGGGAUUUUCAAGGCUUUCCCAUCAUCAAAGGUCAGGAAAGUGAUUAUCAACAAAGGUGUCCCCUUUCAUCCGUCUGAGGUUUGCCCAUAUUGUAAGGCUAGACUAUGGAGCAUGCUUCAAGCUAAGAUGAUACCUCAGAGCGCCUGCAUCCGGUUAGAAGCUUAUGAAGACUGCCUCGAGUAUUAUGUAUGCCUCAACGGGCACUUGCUCGGUAUCUGCACCCUUGCCCCUUUAUCUGAUUCAGAAGAGGCAAGUCUCAGCGAUGAUAACAAGCAUGCGGAGACAAGACAGUUGCUUUGCUAAAAGGAACCAUACUGCAGAGGCGAAGUUUGGCAUUUUGAGGAUGUGGGUCUCUAGCAAAAAUCAAAACUUGUGUUCAGGGUAGUGGAAGAAAAGGGAUGACCGGUUCUACAAUUUGAGAGCGUUGCAUGAUGUGUGAUCAUGUUGUUGUGUACAUUUUAUGUACUGAUGAUUCAUAUACAGUCAAUUGUUUAAACCCCUUUCAUCUAUGUUUGUGUAUUUCAUGAUUUUGCAGUACCUCUCCAGAUUUAAGACACCGACAUAAUCACAGCCUAUGUUUUUUA